UGCAGGAGUGGCACUGGGGGUCCGGUGUUUGUCCUCGCUUUGGGGCGGUGGAGCCAGUGUGGUGGCUGGGUCUCGGGCUCUGCCGUCACAGCGGUGCUGGGGUUGGGGGGGCUGCAUCCCGUGCUGGACCCCCACCUUGGGCCCUAGCGGGGCAAGGGGAUGGGGGACACACUUGGCACCUGGGGGAGGGAGAGCCACCCGCAGCUCCCCUCGCCCUCAGGCCGCCGUGGGACGGUGCCGCAGGGAGAGCAGCACCACGGGCACGCAGCCCCCCCCCCCCCCCCCCCCCCCGGCCAGGGGCAGCGCUCGGUUGGGGGGGCCACUGCUGGAGCAGGAGGGGGUCCCAGCUGUCCCCUGGCCUGCCAGGCUGGGGACGAGGGCACAGCGGGGGAGCGUGGCAUCCCAGGGGGUGCGCAGCACAGCCAGGACACGCAUGAGGCUCGGCGGGGCGGUGAACGCCGUGUCAGGGACCCCCGGCUCAGUCAGGCAGAGGCAGGCAGGGCAGGCAGCACCCGCCACCACCGGCCACCGCGGCUGCCACCACCUCUUGCUCGACCCUGAGCGGCUCAAGAGGGCCAGGCUGCAGGUGGAGAGGGCCAUCAAGGACAAGAAGAUCUUCACGGUGCAGGGCCCCUACCCCGUCAUCCGCCGCCUGCUGCGGGCCCGGGGCUGGGUGGAGAAGAAGCUCCCCGGCGCGGGCAGGGUGGGCAGCCGGCCGGAGCAGCAUCAUGGCAACCAGGAGAAGCAGCUGCAGGAGGAGGAGGAGGAGGAGGGAGGCGAUGGUCUGGGGUCGGCAUGCUGUGGGGCUCAGCCUUCCCUGGGGACCCCAGAGCCCCUGGGCUCCCCACGGCCACCCGAGGAGGAGGAGGAGGAGGAAGAGCGGUGGGAUGAGGACCCCGAUGGCAUCCACGACCUCAUGUCCCGCCUGGUGCGGGACCAGGUGCCGUACUUCAUCUGGACGAACCGCCACGGUGCCAUCGACCGCCGGCUGCUGCGGCAGGACCAGGUGGUGAACCACUACGCCCGGGUGGGUGCCUUCACCACCAAGGAGGGGCUGUGCCUCAACCUGCGAAACCUGCCCUGGUUCGACCAAGCUGACCCCGACGCCUUCUUCCCCCGGUGCUACCGGCUGGGGGCUGCGGAUGAGCGGCAAGCCUUCAUCGAGGAUUUCCACCUGACGGCAGCUCGCAGCCUGCUUAAAGUGGCCCUGGAGAGGGCUGGGGACAUGCCAGCAGGGACAGAGCAGCCCCCAAAAUCCAGCAAGGGGCCAGCAGGGCCAGGGUCCCCCCUGCCCCCCCAGCUGGUGGAGGAGGCCCUGCAGGUCUGCGGGCAGCACCUGGGCAGCCUGGGGCACCAGGACAUCGAUGGGGACCCCCCGUCCCCCUGCAUGAUGGGUACCGGCUGGGACCGCUUCCGACAGGACUACUACCGCGUGGUGCAUGAGGGGGCCGGUCUGGUGCUGAGCGGGGCGCAGCAGGAGCAGUGCCGGGCCCUGCUGCAGCACCUGGGGGGGCGGCUGCCCCAGCUCGGCAUGGAGGGCGACCGCAACGUCUGGAUCCUCAAACCCGGCGCCAAAUCCCGCGGCAGGGGCAUCGUCUGCACGGCGCGGCUGGAGGAGGUGCUGCGGCUGGCAGGGGGCUGCACGGCACCCUCGGCGGAGGUGGGCGAGUGGGUGGUGCAGAAGUACGUGGAGCGGCCGCUGCUCAUCUUUGGCACCAAAUUCGAUGUCCGGCAAUGGUUCCUGGUGACCGACUGGAACCCGCUGACCGUCUGGUUUUACCGCGAGAGCUACCUGCGCUUCUGCUCCCGGCCCUUCUCCCUGCGCCGCCUGGACCCCGCCCGGCACCUCUGCAACGUCUCCAUCCAGAAGCGGUACAGGCCGGCGCGGAGCCGGCACCCCCGGCUGCCCCCCGACCAGACCUGGUCCUGCCGACAGCUCCAGGCGUACCUGGCACAGGUCGGGCAGGCGGACGCCUGGCACCAGGUGAUGGUUCCUGGCAUGAAGGCGGCGGUGGUGGGCGCCCUGCGCAGCGCCCAGGACCUGGUGGGGUCCCGCAAGGGCAGCUUCGAGCUCUACGGCGCCGACUUUGUUUUUGGAGAGGAUUGCCAGCCCUGGCUGCUGGAGAUCAACGCCAGCCCCACCAUGGCCCCCUCCUCGGCGGUGACCAGCCGGCUGUGUGCCGAUGUCCAGCGGGACACGCUGCGUGUGGUAAUCGACCGCAGGGAUGACCCCACCUGCCCCACCGGCGCCUUCGAGCUCAUCUACAAGGAGGCGGCCGUGCCCGUGCCUCUGUAUUUGGGGCUGAAGCUGAUGGUGGAAGGCUGCUCCCUGAGGAAGCCCCAGCCGGCACAGCACCGAUCCCGGGGCAAGCCCCCCACUGCUGCGCCCUGUGCCCCCCAGCCCCCUGUGCACCCCAGCCCCUGGCGUAGAACCGCCCGAAUCCCCCAGCCAGGGGCAGGGCGGGGGGAGCCGGCUUCUCUGGAGCAAUGGAGCCAUCGCUGCUCCCCCGGCUCUGCCCCCCCAGCACCACCGCAGCCCCCGGGCUGCUGUGCCGGGAGCGGGGGGCUGCCACAGCUCAGCCGCCGGCUCAGGCAGCCCCAGCCAGCUCUGCCCCAGCUUAGCAUCCGUCCCCUGGGCAGGGCACCCGUCCCACCACCCUGGGGAGCCCCCGGCAGCUCCUGGGGACGCACAGGCCGGCCCCCCUCCUCCCCUCCUGCCAGGGUGCUGCGCCCACCCGGACUGGCACCCUGCGCCUGGACCCCGUGCCCCUGCCCGGGGCAGCCGAGCCCCGCUGCGGGGAGGAGGCACACGGCAGCUCCCCGGGGCGGGCAGAAGAGCUGUGACACUGAAGGACACCCAGGAGGGGACAGCACCCUGCCCCUUCCAGCCGGGGCAACACGGCGGCACCCAGCUCCCCCUCACCCCAGCCGGACCCCAGCGCUGGGUGGGGGCACCGAGCCCACCCCCUGCGGGGGCUGCAAAACACGUCUGUGACAGGGAGCCUGCCUCUGCCCCUCUGUGUGCGGGAGGGCAUGGGCACGGCCGCAGCUGCA